AUAUAACAACAAGUGUGAAGAACAACGCAAAAGCCUUUCGUAGUUGCAACCAAAACGCCAAACCUUUACCGUUCAACCUCUCUCUCUCUCUCCCCCUCGCGUACGCUAUCUUCUUCUUCUUCUCUCUCCAAACCGUGUGUCUGUUUCAUUCCUGUGAAACCUUUUCAGAUUAAAAUGGAGAAAGGGAAUGGAUUUGAGGGAGAGAAUAAGAAGAAGAAGACAGUUGGUGAUGGAUUUGUGGGAGGGUUUUUCCCUGUCUCUACCACCAAGAUCGCGUGGAAGUCAAGAAAAAGAUCAGCAUCUGCGAACCAGGACAAGGCACUAGAAGCUGCUAUGGAGGUCACACCAGAGAAGGAUGAGACAACAGCGAUGGAAACCGAGAAAGUUGGGGAGCCAAUGACCACAACUCCUCCUGUUCUGUCAGAGAAAAGAAAAGCUCUGUUUGAGCCACUCGAACCCAUUACAAACUUGAACGGAAAGCGACCAACAGAUGCUGAUUCCCUCUUGCCACCUCCAGAUUUCGAGUCUGCAAACUAUCCUAAAGGCUGGUUGAUUGGUAAGAAGAGGAAGCUGGUGAAUGUUGAUGUGGUUGAGAGCAUGCGUAGAAUCGCUGUCCAAGAAAUGAACAGAAAGGAUCGAGAGAUAGAUGGGUUAAACGAGCAGCUAGAAGAGGACUCACGUUGCUUAGAGCAUCUGCAACUUCAGCUGCUACAAGAGAGAAGCAAGAGAACAGAGAUAGAAAGAGAGAAUACAAUGUUGAAAGAGCAAGUCGAUAUGCUUGUCAACAUGAUACAUCAAGAUGAAGAAGAAGAAGUAGCAGAAGAACCCUAGCUAGUAUGUACGUCCCCCCGUCUACCUAUAAUAGCUCCGCUCUGUUUUUUUAUUCGUUUGUCCAUUAAGUAAAAGGGAGGAAAGAAGCUCUAACCACCAUCUAUUAUCUGGUUAAGCUACUGUUGUUGUUUCCUCCUGUUGCAACAAAUAAAGAAUCAAGAACACUAUAUAUUCUGAGUCAAGUUCUCUGCAAGUUGUUGGGAGGAUGAAGAACCUGUCUAAGUGUGUGUGUGUGUGUGUGUCUACAAGUUGCCUUCAGCAGGGGAGUAGAGGGAACAGAAAAAAUUACAAAAACAUAGAAAUUGAGAUAGGAUCAUAUACAGAUAGAGAUAUGUUGUGGUGUUAAGAAGUGUAAUCCUUGUGUCCUAUGAAUAAAUGAAAUCUACGGACCACGAAUAUCGAGUGUCCAUCAUUA